AUGGUCUCGCACUUUUAGUCUCACAUUGCUGUUCAACACAAACCACAACAGACUGGUGCACAAAAUCUCAGGGAAGGAAAGAGGGGAUUAGCGUUGAUGUAAAACCUGAAAUUAUACGCGUGAUUUGGUGCCUACAUGUUUACAGGAAUGGCAAUGUCUUGUUAUUCUGCCAUUAAGAGAAUAUUGGUGCCCAGACUGACCAGGAAAUUGAGUGGAUGCCAUCUGCACACCUGUGCUUCCACCUGUGCUGCCGCUCCACCUGAUGAUGUCACACACUCAUGGCUGACCACUGUCGGAGGGGGCACAGUAGACCUGACUAAAGAUGAGUCAUCAGGGCUGGCCGUCCUGACUCUCAACAAUCCUGAACGUCUCAAUGCUGUCACAGGUAACAUGAUGCUUCAACUUGCUAACAUCGUCAACGACCUCAAGGACUGGAGGAAUGGAAAAGCGUUGAUCGUCCACGGGAAGGGACAUACAUUCUGCCCCGGCGCCGACCUAAACAUGGUGCGCAACAUGCUCGACAGCAAGCAGGGCCAAGAGAUGUGUGCCUUCAUGCACAAAACACUGACCGAGCUACACAGACUUCCUCUGAUAAGCGUUGCAGCCAUAGACGGACAUGCGAUAGGAGGGGGUUCAGAGCUUUGCACAGCCACCGACUUUAGGGUUAUGACUGAGCGGGCUAAUAUAAGAUUUAUACAUGCUCUUAUGGGGGUUGUUCCUGGAUGGGGGGGUGGCACUAGGCUGACUAGGCUCGUCGGCCGAACCAGGGCGUUAGACCUACUGUCGUCGGGAAGGCCUAUCGGUCCAGAAGAAGCACUAGAGAUAGGACUCGCCAACUGGAUUAUUCCAACAGGACAUGAUGUAGUAGAGGCAACAGCGGAGUGGUUACAGAAGUACACGAAAGGGAAGACAGAAGUGGUGAGGGCGUUGAAGAACGUGGUGGUGGCUGGGAGUGAACUGCCCGUGGAAGAAGCUCUGGAAAGGGAAGCGGAACAGUUUGUGGAUGUCUGGGGGGGUCCCGCACAUGAGGAGGCCAUAUUGAAAAGUAUGAAACACAAGAAGUAACCAGGACACUUUUGCUGUUAAACAGACAACCACUUAUAUUUUCUCUGUCAUACUA